AUGGACCGCAAAAGACAGACCCUCAUAGCUCUACUGAAGGACCUGCGAAAAGGACAGAUUGAGCUGCCCCAGCCGCUCGUCAACUCGCUGUUUGCACUGUGGCUGCCGUUCAUUCAAGACAAAGAGGUGCAGAGCUGUCUUUUAGAUGGCAAGAACUCCAAAGAACUCACCAGCAUGCUCAUCCAGUCGUACACCCUCAAACGAGACUACGACGCAGCCCUGUCCACGAUCGAGGUCUCGACGGUGCUGGUGGACCGGUUCCCGUGCGAGUUGUUGGCGUACCACCUCAUAUUGGCCAAACAGUUCGAAAAAGUGUUCAAAUUAAUCGACAUCCUCUACUCCAACAAGUAUCCGCAAAUUCUCAAUCAGCAGCUUCUGGAGAUCCUUGUCAAGACCGCGCUGGACGGGGGCCAGGUCGAGCUCGUGUCGAAGUUUGUUGUUGGUUUUGUUUUUCUAUUUGACCGCCCACUGAUGACGCUUUCCGACGAGCUGUCCGGCCGGCUGUGCCAUCUAUCCAUCGAACGGCUUGAUUUUGCAACGUUUGCGAAAACCGUCGACUACCGCUCUAAACUCAUUGCGAAAGUCGACCCAGCCGCCGCCAGAGAGUUCCAGCGCCAGAUGGACCUUGUGCGGUUGAAGGGGUACGUGCGCAAACUCGGAGCAGCCCGCGUUCUAGAGAGUGGUAUGUUUUUCAACAUGCACUUCCAGAAAAGCGAGUUUAAAGUCGCCGACUUUGCUGCCCUGACACACGGCCUGGCCGCUGGACUUGACCGGCCGCUGGAUAUCUCCCGUUGUGUGCUACUCAUCGAGCAAAUGCAUGGCUUCCAUCUCAACGAACACAGAAACAGAUACUCCUCCUCAUUGCAUCCGGACCACCAGCUGUACCGACAAGUCACACACACCGCCAACCAGAAAGUCACCCUCGACGACCUCAAGAGUGAGUACACGGCCCUCCAGACGAGUCUGGGCAAACCAAACCGGUCGUCAGAGAAAUCGCGGCUGCGCAAAACCGUUUCGUCAUCUCCUUUCCAUGUGCUACCAUUGAAUCUGGUGCUCAAGACAAUCAGCAUCUCACAUCCGGACUUCGAGCUCGCGCUCAGACUGACCAACGUGAUGGUGCGUAAGCGUCGGUGUCAGCUCAAUGACGAAACAUUGUACUACCUGCUCAGGAUCUUUGACCAGUGCCAGCUGACCGACGUGGAGUCUCUGGCUUCGUUUCUCAGCAACUUUGAGCUGACCGCGAAAACGUGCCGGCUGGUGCUGGAAAUCGCCGUCCGUGCGAACGCCAGACCGCUCGUCGAGGAGUACUACAACUUGUACAAACGCCGCAACUACUACGUUUCGCCGCAGCUGGAGAAAACCGUGGCCUCGGUUAUCAGUAAAUAG